GAUGGUGUCACCGUCGCCAGGGCCGUCUCCCUCAAGGACAAGUUCGAGAACCUCGGCGCCCGCUUAAUACAGGAUGUCGCUUCCAAGACCAACGAGGUCGCUGGCGAUGGCACCACGACUGCCACCGUCCUCGCCCGCGCCAUCUUCUCCGAGACCGUCAAGAACGUGGCUGCUGGCUGCAACCCCAUGGACCUGCGCCGCGGUAUCCAGGCAGCCACCGAGGCUGUCGUCGAGUACCUCCAGAAGAACUCGCGUGACAUCACCACGAGCGAUGAGGUCGCCCAGGUUGCCACCAUCUCCGCCAACGGCGACCACCACGUCGGCAAGAUGAUUGCCAACGCCAUGGAGAAGGUCGGCAAAGAGGGUGUCAUCACCGUCAAGGAGGGCAAGACCAUGAGCGACGAGCUUGAGGUCACCGAGGGCAUGCGCUUCGACCGCGGCUUCGUCUCCCCCUACUUCAUCACCGACACCAAGACGGCCAAGGCCGAGUUCGAGGACCCCCUCCUCCUGCUCUCCGAGAAGAAGAUCUCCGCCGUCCAGGACAUCAUCCCCUCUCUCGAGCUGGCCACCAAGAUGCGCCGCCCCCUCGUCAUCAUCGCCGAAGACAUUGAGGGUGAGGCCCUUGCUGUCCUGAUCCUCAACAAGCUCCGUGGUCAGAUCCAGGCCGCUGCCAUCAAGGCUCCCGGCUUCGGUGACAACCGCAAGUCCAUCCUUGGCGACAUUGCCGUCCUCACCAACGGCACCGUCUUCAGCGACGAGCUCGACAUCAAGCUCGACAAGGUCACCCCCGAGAUGCUCGGCAAGACUGGCUCCAUCUCCAUCACCAAGGAGGACACCAUCAUCCUCAACGGUGAGGGCACCAAGGACAGCAUCUCUCAGCGCUGUGAGCAGAUCCGUGGUGUCAUUGCCGACCCCACCACCUCCGAGUACGAGAAGGAGAAGCUCCAGGAGCGUCUGGCCAAGCUCUCGGGUGGUGUCGCCGUCAUCAGGGUCGGUGGCUCCUCCGAGGUCGAGGUCGGUGAGAAGAAGGAUCGCUUCGUCGAUGCUCUGAACGCCACCCGUGCUGCCGUGGAGGAGGGUAUCCUCCCCGGUGGUGGAACUGCCCUGAUCAAAGCUUCCGUCUCUGCUCUCAACAACAUCAAGACUGCCAACUUUGACCAGCAGCUCGGUGUCACCAUUGUCAAGAACGCCAUCACUCGCCCUGCCCGCGCCAUUGUCGAGAACGCCGGUCUCGAGGGCUCUGUCAUUGUUGGCAAGCUCACCGACGAGCACGGCGCCGACUUCCAGAAGGGCUUCGACAGCUCCAAGGGCGAGUAUGUCGACAUGAUUGAGGCUGGUAUCCUGGACCCCCUCAAGGUCGUCCGCACUGGUCUCCUGGACGCCAGUGGUGUCGCUUCUCUCCUGGGUACCACCGAGGUUACCAUCGUUGAGGCCCCCGAGGAGAAGGGCGCUGGCGCUCCUCCCAUGGGAGGCAUGGGUGGAAUGGGUGGCAUGGGCGGUAUGGGUGGCAUGAUGUAAGUGACGGGAGACGUUGACGAUGCAUAUCUGUUUUGGAAGAAAGAAAAAGUUUCCCGGGCAUUAGGGAGCAUGGCUUUGGUGUUAUCAGGGGCAACUGGCCGCCUUGCGAUGGCUGACCUUGGAUGCGCGAAACUCCUCCGCUCUUCAUCAUCUUACCUCGUGCCGCCAAUUUGCUGGCUGGACAGGACUGUUUUCAUACCUGUUGUAUUUGUGGCGAGCUGUCUGUAUCAUACCAUGUACUCUACAAUGUAGACUCACCAAUCGAAACGAUGUAAUUUAC